AGGCUGUUCGGACGGGCGUUGCACUGACCCAAGCCGAAUACUUCUCUGGCCGAACCUCUGUAAACUCCACAGAUACAACAGUUGUGAGACACAGAGGGAGGGAGGGAACAUGGGCGCUUCGUCAUCCACAGAGCAGAUCCCAAAGGAGCAACAAGAGAUUGAAAACCAAGCAGCUUCCACGGGAGCUCUUCCGAUGCUUCGAAACGCGUUCUCUAAGCUCUCCAAUCCUCAAACACAAACUAUCCCGCUCAAAUCUCUGCAGGAUUGUUUAACUGUGGUCAUCACAAAUCCAAUAAAUGAAGCAUCUCCAGUGCCUGAAUGCUUUCCAAGGCUAGUUGGUCAUUUAGGUACCUCCAUAGUUGACCUUUUCUUCAGGGCUGAUAAAGGAGGAGUUCAUUGGGUUGAGUUUUUGAGAGGUUAUAUUAGGUGCUGCGAUAGGAUGUCAGCCUCAAUGUCACUUAAUACUUUGUACAGGUUGUAUGCUGUAACAAGUGCAAAAGCUGGCCAUCCAUCAAAGUUAGAAUUUGAAUCUGAUGAAACUGAUGGUAAAAUAAGUGGCUCUCUUGUGUCUGCCGAUGUGCUCAUGCUUCUCUGGAUAUGUUGGAUUAUGUUUCAGAGUUCAAGAUAUCUAAAGUCUUCCAAGGGACAAGCAAAAAUAGAUCUUCCAGAUAUAAAGCAUCUAAUAUUAUCAGCAGUCACGUCAUGUGCAGAACUUGGCAAUGACUUAAAUAUAUGGGACUGUAGCAUUUCAAGCUUGGAAUUUGAGCUUCCUGCAGGAAAGUUUCAUAUGUGGGCCUUGAAAACAGUUCCAAACCUUGUACAAUGCUUCAACCAAUUUGUCCACAACAGGCUUCAAAGAUGUGUUUUAUUGGAGGAUAAGUUGGAGCCAUCUAGUUAUUCAGUUGGUGACAUUUCAUUGAGAGAGGUGUAUGAUAGACACCUAUUGACAUCUGGAAGAGCCUGGGCAAUUUCUCUUACUCUGAGAAGCAAUUUAAGUGAAGAGAUUUUAAGACCAUUCUUUCCUGGAAGUAAUGAUGAAACAUUUGAAAACCUUAUUUAUCGGUCAUCUCUUCAUGGGAAAGGGUUGAACCGAUUCUGGUCAAAUAUUGAAGGUUAUAAUGGAUCAUUGCUUAUGCUAGUCUGUGCUAGUUCUGGAGGUGCUCAUGAGGGUAUCACCAAUGUUGGGAGAUGGGUCAUUGGUGUAGUCACUCAACAGGGCUUUGAAAACAAAGAGAUUUUUUAUGGUAGCUCUGGAUAUCUAUAUGCUAUAAGCCCAAUUUUCCAGGUCUUUUCACCUUCUGGGAAGGAAAAGAACUUCGUAUACAGCCAUUUGCUUCCCAGUGGUGGAGUGUAUCAAUCGAAUCCAAAGCCUGUUGGUAUUGCUUUUGGAGGAACCAUUGAGAAUGAGAGAAUAUUUAUUGAUGAAGAUUUUUCUAGAGUUACUAUUCGCCAUCAUGCAGUUGAUAAGAGUUAUCAACCUGGUUCGCUUGUCCCCAAUCAGGGAUAUCUACCUCUUGAAGCUUCAAUUCUAGAGGUGGAAGUUUGGGGAUUAAGUGGGCAAAAAGCCAAGGAAGAGCAGAUUACAUAUAAGAAGAGAGAGCAACUCUUUACAGAGCAAAGACGCAAGGUUGACUUGAAAACUUUUGCUAGUUGGGAUGAUUCACCAGAGAAGAUGAUGAUGGAUAUGAUGUCUGAUCCCAAUAGCGUACGGAGGGAAGACCGCUAAUGAGGCUAAAGUUCAGAUCUAUUGUAAAUAAUUCCCUUGGUUCGGUGGAAGGGAAUUUUGAAAUUCCAGCCAGUUUAGGCUUCUGUAAAUAAGUGUGUUAAAUGUAAUAGACAAUAAUGUACAAAUUCAACGGUGAAAAGACCUAUGUGGUAGUCACUGGAUUCUGUAUAUGCUUGUUUGCCAGACAGCUCAGCUCUACCAUGCUGUUCUAAAUUUAAAGGACAUCAUAAGUAAUGAGUUUGUGGGCAAAACAGUUAAAACAGGUAAUUUAUUCAGCAACCAGCUUUGAAAUUGCA